AAACAUGUAUCAAGAAGAUUCAACAACUGCAGAAGAAGUAAUGGAUGAUACCGAUUCAAGAGAUGAUGAGGAUAAUAUCUCAACAACAAGUAUAUCUUCACCAAUCAGAAACGAAACAAAUCCAUGGUAUAAACCAUGGUCUUGGUACAAUAAUAAUCAUAUAUCAGGUACAGCAUCUAGUCCAGCUUCAGCUGUUGCUGAUGUAGAUAGUGACGCUACAAUUAGCAGUG